GUGCGCGCGGACACAUCUGAAGUCACACCUACAGCCACCUUUGCCAAAGAAUACACUUAGGCAACGUCAGUGGCUGCAUACGCUCAAUCCACAUCUGUGACCCCCAACACCUGUGACACCUGGGUCACACCUGUGACACCUGGCCGCACUACCUGUGGCCACGGCCUGACACCUGCAGUGACACGCGUGUCCUCACCACCUCACCUGUCACAACACCCGAGCUCCACCUGUGACCGCAGCCUCUCACUGCCUGGACAGCCCUUACAGAGGGAGCAUGGCCUUGGCUCCUGAGAGGGGUGCCCCGCGCGUGCUGUUUGGAAAGUGGCUUCUGAGUGAGAUCAGCAGCGGCCGCUACCAGGGGCUGCGGUGGCUGGACCAGGCCCACACGUGCUUCCGCGUGCCCUGGAAGCAUUUCGGGCGCAAGGACCUGAGCGAGGCUGACGCACGCAUCUUCAAGGCCUGGGCGGUGGCCCGCGGCAGGGGGCCACCCAGCAGCAAUGGAGGUGAUUGGCCACCCCUGGAAGCUGCGGAGCGUGCAGGCUGGAAAACCAACUUCCGCUGCGCCCUGCGCAGCACGCAGCUUUUCAAGAUGCUUCAAGACAAUUCGGGGGACCCCACCGACCCGCACAAGGUGUACGUGCUCAGCCCAGAGCUGGUGUGGAGAGGAGGCCCAGGCAUGGACCAGGGGGAGGAAGAGGACCUCAAAAAUGCCCCACCCACACAGGGCUGGCCUCAGGGUCCAUUCCUGGCAGGAGGAGAUGUUGACCCUCCAGCCCUGAGACCUUUUCCUGCCAAUGACAGCGAGGCCCAGGACCUCUUGCUGCAGGCUGUGCAGCAGAGUCACCUAGGGGACCAUCUGCUGGAAGCUGCCUGGAGUGGGGAACUGGUCCCCCCGCAGGCUCCUGGCCCCGGGCUCCCUACUGGGGAGCUGUAUUCCACAUGGGAAGUGGAGGCUGCCCCCAUGCCCAGGCCCCAGCACCCAGUCCUGAUGACAGAUGCAGGCCAGGGGCCAGCCCCCACGCCCCCGUACCAGGCAGAGCCCCACAUAGCACCCGCCGCUAACACCUGCACCCCAGUGGGAGAGCCCGGCCUGCAUGCCCUGGACGUGACCAUCAUGUACAAGGGCCGCACGGUGCUGCAGGAGGUGGUGAGGUUCCCAAGCUGUGUGCUUCUGUAUGGCACCCCCAGCCUGGCUGUCCAGGCCACAGAGCCCCAGCACGUGGUGUUCCCCAGCCCUGCGGAGCUCCCUGACCAGAAGCAGCUGCGCUACACGGAGGAGCUGCUGCGGCAUGUGGCCCCCGGCCUGCAGCUGGAGCUGCGGGGGCUGGGGCUGUGGGCCCGGCGCAUGGGCAAGUGCAAGGUGUACUGGGAGGUGGGCGGCCCCUUGGGCACCGCCAGCCCCUCCACUCCUGCCUCCCUGCUGGAGCGGAACCUUGACACUCCCAUCUUUGACUUCGGCACCUUCUUCCGAGAGCUCAGAGAAUUCCAGGCACGGCAGCGCCGGGGCUCCCCACACUAUACCAUCUACCUGGGCUUUGGGCAGGACCUGGCAUCUGGGAGGCCCAAGGAGAAGAGCCUGAUCCUGGUGAAGCUGGAGCCCUGUCUGUGCCGGGUGUACCUGGAGGGUGUGCAGCGUGAAGGUGCGUCCUCCCUGGACAGCAGCAGCCUCAGCCUCUGCCUGUCCAGCACCAACAGUCUCUUUGAGGACCUUGAGCACCUCCUCAUGGAGCUGGAGCAGCCCGCCUAGGGCCAGACCCUAGCCCCUCCCCAGACAAUAAAAAGAAUGCAAACCACCA